AUGUCACUUAAAUUGACAGCAAAAAACAUGCUUUUUGUUAGCAACAUUUUGCCGGUUGCAACAAUAAAUUUGCAGCGGUGUUUUUAUCGAUGCAGUUUCAAAAGUACAACAAAUGAUAUGUUGGGGAAGAGGUAUUUAUUGACAGAUACUCAACAUAAGACUAAACAUUUCGCUACAAUGUCUGCCAGUGCUCCUAAGCCCAAUCUUGUUCCUGUAGAAGAGUCUCGAAGAUUCAUGAUUGACUGUUUCAAAGCGGUGAAGGUGCCGGAGGAUCAUGCAAGAGCAAUGGCGGAUCUUCUUGUUGCAGCCGAUCACAGGGGACAUUUUAGUCAUGGUAUGAACCGCCUUGAAAUGUACCUUAAUGACUUGGCGAUCAAUUCUACAAAUGGAUCUGCAAUCCCGGAAAUUAUCAAAGAGACUCCGGCCACAGCAUGGGUUGAUGGAAAGAACGGCCUUGGAGCAGUAGUGGGUAAUUACUGCAUGGAUCUGGCCAUAAAAAAAGCUAAAACAGUGGGCGUUGGCUGGGUAUGUGCAAAGCGUUCCAAUCACUACGGAAUGGCCGGUUGGUACUCGAUGCGAGCAAUGGAACAUGGUUUGGUUGGAAUAUCAAUGACAAACACAUCACCUCUUAUGGCACCCACUCGGUCUAAGGAAGCCGCUCUGGGAACCAACCCUUUGGCACUUGGUGCUCCAGCUAAGGACGAUAAGUUCCUCUUGGACAUGGCAACGACAAGUGUGGCAGUAGGUAAAAUUGAAAUUCAAAGAAGAAAAGGUGAUCCCAUUCCAAAUGGUUGGGCUCAAGAUCCAGAAGGUAAGGAGACCAACGACGCUGAAUUGGCAUUCAACACCGCCUGCCUCAUGCCAUUGGGUGGAUCGGAAAUAACUUCGGGAUACAAGGGAUACGGCUUAGGAGCUGUUGUUGAUAUUCUUAGUGGUGUUAUGUCUGGAGCAAACUAUUCAACGAAAGUAAGAAAAUGGACUCAUGCUGGUGCAGAUUCUGAGGCCGAUUUGGGUCAAGUGUUUAUUGCAGUGGAUCCGAAUUGUUUUGCACCAGAUUUCGAAGACAGAAUGGUUGAUUUAAAUAGCAGGCUAAGAGGAUGUAUUCCGACUGAUCCGUCCAAACCAGUUCUUGUGCCUGGAGACAAGGAAGACUCUACAAUGGAGGCUGUAAAUAAAGCUGGUGGCAUUCAAUAUCUUGAAAAUCAACUUAAAUGCUGUGAGGAACUUUCCAAGAGGCUAAAUGUUAAGCCCAUGAGUUUUAUCUAAGAAAACAAACUAUAGUGCCUAUGAUGUUAACAAAGUUAUUUAAAAACUUGCAUUUUCAAAAUUGAUUAUUUUAUUUGUUUGUAUUAAGUUGAACUGUUAUUAUUUCUUGUUGCUUUUUGUACUUUAACACGGACUGUGUUAUUUUUUUAUUAAAUAAAUUACUUUAAAAUUUA